UCCUCUGAAAGAACAGCUAGUGCUCUCAACCACUGAACCAUCCUUCCAGUUUCCUGUUUUGUUUUGUUUUUAAAGACAGGUUCUUACUAGGGCCUGGGCUUCAACAACUAGGCUGGCUGGCUAGCAGGUCUCAGGGAUCCAUCUGUCUUCAACUUCCUCAGCAUUGGGAUUACAAAGCAUGCCACACUCAUUUGUUGCCCUUACAGAGGACCCAGGUUUGAUUUUCACAUCCACAUGAUAGUUCACAACCAUUCCCUUAUUCCAGUUCCAGGGGCUCUGAUGCCCUCUUUGGGCCUUCAUGGAUACCAGACAUGCAUGUGGUGCACAUAGAUACAUGGAGGCAAACUACUCAUAAACUAAAACAAAGAAAUCUAAAGGGAAGGAAAGAAGGAAGAAAGAAACCUCAGCACUUGCUACAGUUUCUGGUCUUUUACAUAGGCACUCCGGACCAAACUCAAGUCCUCUGCAGCAAUGGAGGUUUGAGUUUCUCAUUGAUAGUCUGUAUAGUCUCCAUUUCUGCAGCAAUGGAGGUUUGAGUUUCUCAUUGAUAGUCUGUAUAGUGUUGCCUAGAAAGUAGAGAUGCACAGCAUAGCUCUGGAGGCCAGGAAACCUGCAUUGUCUAUGGUACUUUUACUGUGAAGCUCUUAGAAAAAUACUUCCCAGGUGGUUUUUCUAGUGUCUCAUUGGCCUAGAAGUGCCCAAGUAUGCUAGGCUGACUGGCCAGCAAGACACAGAGAUCCACGGGCCUGCCCUUCCUAGCCUAGGACUGAAAGUGUGCUGCCAUACCUCGGGUAAACCCAGAUCUUUACAACAGCUCUCUUCCUACCCCUUUGAAUCUUGGCUUUGGAGGGUUCUAGACUUGGCCAAGAUGAUGACAAUCAGGCUGAAGAGAUGCAGAUGGCAGUGUCCACCUGUGGUAGAGUUGUUUGCUGGAACAGCUGUUGUAUCCUAGGACUGGGAAGGGCUUGGCUGUUGUUCAUGUCAUCUUUGAAGGCUUCCUCCUGUGUUAAGAUACAGGAGUCCACUGUGGAGGUAGGGAGGCUCGAGGAGGACCAUCUUUAAAUGUCAGUUUUGCUGCUUAGUUGGCGACAAUCAAAGCCGCAUGCCUAUGGCCUGACUUCAGCAUCCCAUGGCCCUCUGAACAUGCUAUGCUUUUGUUUUUUAUUGCUGUUUGCUUGUUAGUUGCCUGCUCCUAAGCCAAGAUAUCAGGCAGUUAAAAUAUCUUUCUUGGUUGAAACUCAGAAUUUGCCUUAAAGGUCACUACUCUGUCUUCCCAUGUUGUUGCAAAUCUGUGCCUUGUUUUCCUGAUAAAGGCUUUGGACCCUUUCUUCCUGGGCAUUUCCUUGCACUUGUAUGGGUCUGCAUUUUUCAGGUAUGUAUUUAGUGUAAAAGGUACUUCCAGCUGACAGGGCAGCUCAUUGGUGCCCUGCGCCCAUUGCAGUCAUUACCCUCUUUUAUCCGCAUUACCAUUUUAGUUUUGCUUUAAUUACUUUUGUUUUUUAAGUUGACUUGUGAAAUAUCUAGUAGUUAGUUGGCAAAUAAUUUAAAAAUAGCUGUUUACCAUCUAGGCUGAGGGCAUAAUCUUGUUCAAAAAGCUUAAUGUUUAAAGUGAGGUUUACUAAUUAAUUUGCUUUGUCUUGUUUUUUAGGGAUGAUUUUUAAUUGGCUGUAGAAAUAAGUGAUUUAUAAGUUGUAGCUAAUAUACAUGGGUUUCUUAGGUAGUGUUUCCUUGUCCUCAGUUCACCUGGAAUGUUUAUAUGUGCUGCUAUUUGAUAUGAUAUUUUGUUCUGACUUUGUUUUUACAUGAUAGAGAGACAGAAAACAAUUAUUGAAACUCUUUGACAAUGCUGUUAGAACUAGAGUGGGCUCUGGGAUAGAGUAGACUCUUUGAUUAGAAAGUCGGACUUUCUUUUUUGAGUUGGUUAUGAGUUUUUUGUUGGCUAGUGUGUUUUUUUUCCCAGGGGUGUAGGGGAGGGCACUGUUUGUUUUUUGUUUUUGAGCUAAGGUUUCACUUUAUAGGCCAGGCUUGGAAUUCACUGUGUAGCACAGGCUGGCCAUGAACUUAGAUGGCCAUCUUGCCUUCUCCUCCCAAGUGCUGAGAUUGUAAUUAUGAGCCUCCACUCAUGGCUGUGUGGAAGGGAUUUUCCAUGUCCCGUGGUGGUACGUGCUGCAGCACUUGAUUCUAGUCCUGAGAAGGGAGAGCUGAAGACAGUGGCCCCGCUGAGCGCGGUCCAGAGCAAAGGACAUUGAAAAUGGCCCUUGAGCUAUGCUAGGUCUAUAAUGGGAAGUGUCACAGUUCGGUAUUUCUGUUAUGGGUGCCUUUUUACAUCUGCUACCUGGACAGUUCUGCUUUUCAUUUAUUUCAACUUCAGUGAAGUGACUCAGCCCCUUAAGAAUAUGCCCAUCAAGGGGUCUGGCCCCCAUGGACCAUUUCCCAAAAAAUUCUACCCACGUUUUACUCGAAGUCCAAGUCGAGUAUUAGAUCCGCAGCUUAAAGCAAACAGAAUGGACAAUUUAAUGAAUAACCACAUUGAAGAUCCAGAUAAUGGCCUCUCAAAAUCUUCCUCCGAGCUGGGUAUGAUUUUCAAUGAACGUGAUCAGGAAUUGAGAGACCUGGGCUACCAGAAACAUGCCUUUAAUAUGCUUAUUAGUAACCGCUUGGGAUACCACAGAGAUGUGCCAGACACCAGGAAUGCUGAGUGUAGAAGAAAGUCCUACCCAACUGAUCUGCCAACUGCUAGUGUUGUUAUCUGUUUCUACAACGAAGCCUUCUCUGCCUUGCUGCGGACUGUGCACAGUGUUGUGGACCGCACGCCAGCACACCUUCUUCAUGAGAUCAUCCUUGUCGAUGACAACAGUGACUUUGAUGAUUUAAAAGGAGAGCUAGAUGAAUACAUCCAAAGAUACCUGCCUGCAAAAGUCAAGGUCAUAAGAAAUAGGAACCGUGAGGGAUUGAUCCGAGGAAGAAUGAUCGGAGCAGCCCAUGCUACAGGAGAAGUCCUAGUGUACCUAGACAGCCAUUGUGAAGUCAACGUGCUGUGGUUGCAGCCCUUGCUGGCCAUCAUCCGUGAGGAUCCACAUACUGUGGUGUGCCCCGUGAUUGACAUCAUCAGCGCUGACACACUUGCCUACAGCUCAUCCCCAGUGGUACGGGGAGGUUUCAACUGGGGGCUGCACUUCAAGUGGGAUUUAGUUCCUGUGUCCGAGCUGGGAGGAGCUGAUGGAGCCACUGCCCCAAUAAGGUCACCUACAAUGGCUGGAGGAUUGUUUGCAAUGAAUAGACAGUAUUUCAAUGAUCUUGGACAGUAUGACAGUGGCAUGGAUAUCUGGGGAGGAGAAAAUCUGGAAAUCUCAUUUCGGAUCUGGAUGUGUGGCGGUAAGCUCUUCAUCAUCCCUUGCUCAAGAGUAGGCCACAUUUUCCGAAAAAGGCGGCCAUACGGAUCUCCUGAAGGCCAGGACACCAUGACACACAACUCCCUGAGGCUGGCCCAUGUCUGGUUGGAUGAGUACAAGGAGCAGUAUUUUUCCUUAAGACCUGAUUUGAAGACCAAGAGUUUUGGAAAUAUCAGUGAGCGUGUUGAAUUGAGGAAGAAGUUGGGCUGUCAAUCAUUCAAGUGGUAUUUGGACAAUGUUUACCCUGAGAUGCAGAUACCUGGCCCGAACGCCAAACCUCAACAGCCCAUCUUCAUCAACAGAGGGCCCAAGCGCCCCAGGGUCCUUCUGCGUGGACGGCUCUACCAUUUGCAGACCAACAAAUGUCUGGUAGCCCAGGGCCGCUCCAGCCAGAAAGGAGGCCUGGUGCUGCUUAAGGCCUGUGAUUACAGAGACCCAGCUCAGAUCUGGAUUUAUAAUGAAGAACAUGAAUUGAUUUUAAACAACCUCCUUUGCCUCGACAUGUCAGAAACUCGCUCUUCAGACCCACCCCGACUCAUGAAGUGCCAUGGGUCAGGAGGAUCUCAGCAGUGGACCUUUGGGAAGAACAAUCGGCUGUACCAAGUGUCUGUUGGACAGUGCCUGAGAGCGGUGGACCUGACGGGUCAGAAGGGCUCUGUUGCCAUGGCAAUAUGUGACGGCUCUGCCUCCCAGCAGUGGCGCCUAGAAGGUUAAGAUGGAGACAACGUAACUCACCAGGUUUUGUCACACCUGCCACAAAUCAUGGUGCUUUAUGAAGGAUGCUGCUGACCCCAACAGACAAGACCCCUGGUGGAAGGUGACCAUCACAGGAGCAGAAGGUGCUUCACUGGGACUUGGGUUAUUUCUGAGCUGCUGCUAAGGCAUUCUUGUUUAUCCAGGGAAAACAGAAAAUAAUUCUAAAAAGUUGGGUCUAUUAGUACAAACCCAGGAAGCAGACAUUUCUAUUUAUUUAUGCUUCUCUUGGAGAUGGAAUGGUUUCUGUCUAAUCAGGAACUUGUCACAGUUUCCUUUCAUAGAGGACUUCAUAGGAGAUUUUUUUCUACUGUCAUUUGUUUAAUGUUCCUAAUAGAUUUUAAAACUAGUUGAAUGCAUAUUACUUUUAGCUUCAGAAGGUAUCAUGUAUAUUUCAGAGGCAUUUAACUAUUAUAAAUUAUUUUGAUGACUUAAUAGGCUGUCUACAUUAAAUAAAGGAUCUUUUUGAUCAUUUGACUAGGA